CAGGCGCAGGCGAGGUGCGUCACUGGACGGCGGCCGUGAACGGCAUCUCUCUCCACGUGGCGGAGCAAGGCCCCGCCACGGGCCCCGCCGUGCUCCUCCUCCACGGCUUCCCGGAGCUCUGGCUGUCGUGGCGGCACCAGAUGUCCGCCCUGGCGGCGCGGGGCUACCGCGCGCUGGCCCCGGACCUCCGCGGCUACGGCGACUCCGAAGUCCCCGCCGGCGGCGCCGCCGAUUACACGAUGCUCCACGUGGUCGGCGACGUGGUGGCGUUGCUCGACCACCUCGGUCUCCCCGACGCGCUGGUGGCGGGCCACGACUUGGGCGCGCAGGUGCUCUGGCACCUCUGCCUCUUCCGCCCCGACCGGGUCCGCGCCGCCGUCGCCCUCGGCGUGCCUUACUUCCCCCGCUCGCCGGUCCCCAUGGCCGACUUCCUCGCCGCCCGCGGCGAUGGCUUCUACAUCUCGCAGUUCCAGGAGCCCGGAAGAGCCGAGAAGGCAUUCGCGAAGCACGACGUCGCGACUGUCCUAAAGAAGUUCUACUCCCUCGAGCUAGACGACCUCUCUGCCCCUCCUGGAGUGGAGGUCAUAGACUUCUUCCAGGCAUCGCCGUCGCCGCUUCCUUGGAUGACCGAGGAAGAACUGGGCCAAUACGCCGACAAGUUCCAGAAGACCGGCUUCACGGGGCCCCUCAACUACUACCGCGCCAUGGACUUGACUUGGCAGCUUACUGCACCCUGGCAUGGUGCCAAGAUCACGGUGCCCGCGAAGUUCAUCGCGGGUGACAAGGACACAGGUGUCCAGUCCUUAGGAGUUGGGCGCUACAUUGACAGCGGGGCUUUCAAGUCCAAUGUUCCGAAUCUUGAGGUUGCCAUCAUCGAAGGCCACCAUUUCAUCCAGCAAGAGCAGGCCGAGAGGGUGACCUCUGAAAUACUGUCCUUCCUGGACAAGUUUAUAUAAUCUGGACUGACAAAAAAGAGAGAGGAUGUUGUGAGGUUGUUUUAGAUUCUGUGAGGUUUUACAUUUCCUGUACUGAAAUCUAUUUACUCGAAUAAAAGAACAUGUAAAAUACUACAGAUGAGUGUGCAAUAAAACGGGGUUUCCGAUAAACAAA